ACUAGACUACUAAACCCUUACUUCACAGCCUCCGCCACCCACACCUCUCUCGAAUUCGAACCGACGAACCAUCUCCCAUCUUCACUCCGACGAAACAUCUCAACUCCCUCCACCACCCACAGCCACCCCUCUCUCUCUCUCACGAUUCUCUCUCGCGAUUCUCUCUGGAUCCAUCGCAGCAUCCCCCAAUCAGGUAUUUCAGUAUCAUCUGUUCGGCAACACAAGCACCCCCACUGCCAUUUUUUCAGUCUGUGAUCUGAACCACUGCUUUGCCAUAACGGUCGAUACUGCCAUGACAGCCCACGAAGCCUCCUCUUCGUCCUCCUCCACUUCCAAACUCUGGAAGUACGACGUAUUCUUGAGCUUCAGGGGUGAAGACACGCGCUAUGGCUUCACGAGCCACCUCCACGCGGCAUUAACAGCCAGAGGGUACCAGGUCUUUAUUGAUGAGGACGAUCUACCAAGAGGGGAAGAAAUAAAAGAGAAACUGUUCCGUGCAAUCGAAGAGUCGAGGAUCUCUGUCAUUAUCUUCUCAAAGAUGUAUGGGGAUUCGAGUUGGUGUCUUGACGAGCUGGUGAAGAUCAUGGAGUGUAGAGACAAACUGGGGCGACAUGUUUUACCAAUAUUCUAUCACGUUGAUCCUUCGCAUGUCAGGAAGCAGGACGGAGAUUUAGCCGAAGCAUUUCAGAAGCACGAAAAGGACAUCCGUGAAGAAAAAGAUGACAAGAAACGUGAAGCUAAACAAGAAAGGGUAAAUCAGUGGAGAGAGGCUCUCACAAAAGCUGCAAAUUUGUCUGGCCACCAUCUUCAAAGCGCUAAUAAUAGGAAGAGGCGGAGAGAGGCUCAUACAGAAGCUACAAAUUUGUCUGACCACCAAACAACUGGCAACGGGCGCGAAGCAGAGUUCAUUAAAAAAAUUAUUAACGAGAAUAUUUGUGAAUGGCUCACUAGCACUAACGAAUUACGUGUGGCCAAGCACAUAGUUGGAAUCGAUUCUCGCGUUCAAGAUAUUAUCACUUAUCUUUCAAGUGGUGGAUCAAAUGAUGUUCUCAUGGUUGGAAUUUGGGGGAUGGGUGGAUUGGUCAAAACAACAGUUGCCAAAGCCAUUUAUAACCAAAUUCAUCCUAAGUUUGAAUUCAAAAGUUUCCUUGCCGGCAUUCGCGAUGCUACAAGUAAACAUGAUCUGGUUGAUUUGCAAAAAAACUUAUUUUUGACAUCUUGAAAAAGAAGCCUGAAAUAAGCUGUGUUGACGAAGGUAUCGACCUGAUAAAACAACAAUUUCGACAUAGAAAGAUACUUGUCAUCGUGGACAACAUAGAUAAAGAGGAACAACUGAAUGCAAUAGUUGGAAGUCAUGAUUGGUUUGGUCCUGGAAGUAGAAUUAUCAUAACCACACGAGUUGAACGUCUACUGCAAGACCGAAUCAGUAAUCUGCAAGACCGAAUCAGUAAUUUACCUCACGAAAUUCUUGUCCUUAUAGUGUCACUCUUGCCGCUAAAGGAAGCCGCAGCCACUAGUAUCCUUUCUAGGCCAUGGCGCCAUGUCUGGGCAUUUACUACGACUCUCAGUUUUGACGCUGUUAACUUUGAAGUAGGUGAUACUUUGCACCGGUUCUUGGAUCUUGAAGAACAAGUGAGAGACCGGGAAAGCCGCCUCUACGUGAAUUGGGUCGAUCACGUUCUGGACCAACAUAGAGGCCAAUGCAUUGACCGCUUCCGGGUUUGCUUUUUUCUGCAGCGCGACUUUGCAGGUUCCAUUGACAAAUGGAUCCAAUUUGCAAUGGAAAAGAGGGUUCAAAUACUUGAGCUGGAGCUUUUGACAGACUCAAUUGUUUUCCUUGAUGAUAACUACACAUUUCCCCACAAACUACUAUUGGGUCCGGAAGAGCAAAAGGGCCUGUUUUCUAACCUUCCAAGCCUACACCCUGGUGGAUACAGUAUUGCGCCUUUCGAGUCCCUCAGAGUCGUACGCUUUCAACAUGUUGGUGUGACCGGUGAAACUCUUGAGUUCUUGCUGUCCAACUGUCCAGUUCUCGAACGUUUGUCGCUGAGUUUUGCCAAAGAUUUAGUCAAGCUAAGAGUUACCGGCACCUCCAUGGCAUUGAAAUAUUUAGAGGUGAAGUAUUGCCUUGAACUCAGCAUCAUUGAGAUAUCUGGUGCAAACAUUGUCUCCUUUAUUUAUUGUGGACAGUUAAUAGAUUUGCGAUUGAAUAAUGUGCCCCUGCUGGUUGAGGUAUCCAUUUACAAGUGGGGCACUUUUGCUGAAUUCGUAAGGCUUGCGUUAAGUCAACUCUCAUGCUGUCUUUCUCAUUUAGAGACCCUGAAGCUGGAUAUCAGGGGAGCGGUCUACAAUCAGAAUCAUGCGUUUCCCGCGUUAUCAAAUCUCAAGCAUUUGGAAUUAUUAGUGGAUGCCGACUACUCUCUGUCUCUUGGUCGCUUAGCUUCUUUCAUGGAGGCAGCUCCUUACUUGCUCAAUCUUGUUUUGGGGUUGGGUUUCAGUACGUCCAAUGAGGACAUGGAAAUACCAGAGAAAGUUUCCAAACAACCCCAUCACUUCCUCAAGCUAGUAGAAAUAGCAGGGUAUCGGGGCCACGAGUGCUGCGUAGAGCAUGUCAGAUACUUGGUGGAGAAUGCUGUUGCACUGGAGAAGAUUAUUAUAAAUCCUGUUCGGUUUUGGUGUCGGCCGACGGGAAUUGAGAGCAAUGCCCUACUGGAGAAUGAGGAAGAGAAUGCAAGAGAUCAUGCUAUCCAACACCUCAAGAAAAAAGUACCUUCUAGUGUAGAAUUUGUGUGCCUGUAGGAGUGCAGCGCCGCAGUGCUUCAAAAAAAUUAACGUCUACAGUGCUUUUAAAAAAAAGUAUAUGUAUUGCGUAUGUUCUUAGAUUUUCUUUGCUUUUUCUCUUCUAUGUGAUUUCUUAUUCGUUUCGUAUCAGUAAUGGUAAUUUGUACGUCAUACUCGUAUUCUUGCUGUAUAUACUACAUCACAAGGGGCAUUUAAGUACUUGAAAAACACAGGUUUUAUGCAUUGCUGCUCCGUCUUUCUGCCCUUCA